CACCACCAACCCCAUCCUUCUCAACUCCACACCCCCACCGUAACGAUUAGCAGAUCCGCAUUCACCUCGCACAGAUCGCACGCUUCUCUUCGCGGGACUAUAAUUACCCACCUCGGCGCAAUCUGCAAUGGGGGGGGGGGAAGCAGUGUUUGUAAGCUGCCUAACGCGAAGCUGAUCCCGUUAAAAUUCGACCUGGCUCACGGCCGACGUGGUCUCGGAGGCGCAGCGCUGAGAGGGAAAUAAAAAUAAAAGGGAUUUGCACAGUGGCGGGUCACAUGGACCACACACUCGCGCACGGCCGGCUCGCUCAAGUGCCUGGCUUGCGUCUCCGGGAAGUUACACGGCACGGGCUUUCUCCUCCUCCUCCACACAGCCAUUUACACUUCAGCGCUGCGCCAGCGACUGCUGCUCCUCCUCCUCCUCCGUGGGCUCCUCCGAAGGUGGCCUCGAUGUCCCCGACGCAUCGCCAUGGAUUACUGUACACGGUGCACUGAGGUAUGGAUGGAUGCUGUCACGGCGGAACGAGAGGGUCGGUCUGCGUUAAGGUCAAGAUCAUCGGGCUGCCAAAGAAGAGAGGGCUUGUUUACUUGAAAAAAGAGGGAAACGUGAGAUUUAAAAAAAAAAAAACUUGGUGGGGUGGUGGUUUUUUUUUAUUGGGGGGUGAGGGUGUGGAGGUGCUCUCAGCAUUUGGUUUAUGUGCCACGCAAUAUGGCAUAUGUGGACUGCAGUCACUUGAAAAACAUGGCCAGCAGAGAAGGCGUCCGAGUCCCAUCGCCGUCCCGCCUGGGACCCGUGUUUGUGACGGCUCGGCCCGCCGUGCUCAAGUCCGCCAGCCAGCUGCUGCUCGAGCAAGAGCAGAGACGGGGAGCUGUCGCCGCCGCCGCCGCCGCAGCCGCAGCCGCAGCCGCAGCAGCAGCAGCAGCCACGGCCACGGCCACCAAGAUGCGCAGCAAAGUGCAGCAGCUCGCUGAGCCCUCGAAGGCUCUCAAAUCGACGGCAAUUCAGACGUCUCCCUGGAUCAAGCGCCAGGCUCUGACGGUGCCGUCGAGGCACGGGCUGAAGUCGACCAAAGUGUGCUCCAACUCUAUCCAGGUUGCAAUCGUGCACCACUCGGCCGAACGGCAGGUUGGAAUCGAGGAGAAUGUGUCCGUCCGUACGGAAAGCGAUGACUUAAAGCCCCCCGGCUGUCAGGAGCCAAAGCAGACGUCGCGACGUCUUAAUAACUUGUCGGAGAAGACUGAAAUUCCUGCAGGAUGCGGUCAAGCUGAUCAAAACGCCGUCAACUCGCCGCGUUCUAAAAACAAGCAGGCCUCCUCCGCUCAAAAUGAAAAAGGCACACAUGGGGUAGGGUCAGGUGAAACUGAAGAACACAUCAAACCAAGCAAAGAAUUACAUUCAGAAUCAGAUAAAGCCCUAUCUGUCGAUGCAGAGAAUGAUAAAAGGCAAACAACAGCAACAGAGCUGGCAGUUGCGGUGCUUGAACAAAUCACAACACUCACAUCCCACAUGGCUCCCUCACAAACAAGAAUAGCAAGGCAACCCAUAGAGCACCCGCUGAUAUUAUCAGAAGAACUGCUGAAUUUUCAAAAACUGUCUGCAGAAAAGUUAAUCAUUCAACAAGACUUCAAGGUGGAAACUCCUGAAUCAUUAGCGAUUAAAGGAGAGGCCAAUAAUCUCUCGUCUCCAAAUAGAGUGGCUUUUGGCACGGGAAAUCGAUCACCCUGUAAGAAUGACUGUCCACCGGAUCUGCUGCGCAAGGAUCACAAUCUGAACGAGCUGAUUACAAUCGACAGCGACGAGGACCCAAAGCACAAUCCGAGUCGACAAGCGAGAGGAAGUUCGCAAGACCAGACAUCGGCAGCCGGGGGGGAUGAUGUAACGCGGCAGCAGCAGCAGAGCCACCAGUCCGCCGAGGAGAGACGAGGCAGCAGUAAAGACCUACAAGGCUCGUGGGAGGAGGUGGAGGAGCUACGCAAGAAACUGCGGACCCUGGAGGAGGUCCUCAGAGCCAGCCAGGACACCAUCAAGUUGCUGCUCAGCGUCAUUCAGGAGCUAGAGCGCGUACAGGCCCACAAAGAAGGCAGAUCAUAUCGUUCUGGACAGGAUAUGACCAACUGUGAUGCUUGCCGCAAAAGUGCCUGCAUCAUAUACAGCGUCGAACACGACUUUAAACAGCAGGAGGACAAGAUCCACCGGCAACUGAAGCCGAAGGAAACACCGUGCCCUGGUACCACCCCCCAGGAUGAGGUGGUCGACGCUCAGCCACCGCCACCGCCCAGUCCUGAGGUCAAGGCACCGGAGUCCCCACCGAGCCCUGUUCAGCAGAAGGCCCUCAGGCCACUGGGCAAGAGGGAGAAAAAGGGCUGCUUCUGGUUCCUCUGACAGUGCUCUUUUUCUCGCACUGCCGUGGACACUCGUAAAAGCACAGGGAGGGCUCCAAUGAACCAGCAUUUUUUUUUGACCUACUGUGUUUUGGGACAGACAGAGGAAGGAAAACGGCUUCCACUGAACACCGCCCAAAUGUGUGCAUAUGGUAGUGCUGUACGGAACAUUUUAUAACGGUACAAUGGCAGUUGAUCAUGAGCGUGGAAAGAAACAUUCAGUACGUUGUUCAUGGACAAACAAAAUACUUAUUACAAUAUGUUAGUCUUCUCUUUCAUCACUCGGAAUAGGCCAUUGAUACCUGCUUGUAAUAAUAGGUGCAUUGCAGAAUGGUUUAAACAGGAUUUAUUUUCUUGCCAAAAAAAGUGAGCAAAAACAACGGUAACAAAGUUGGCCAAUUAAUGGCACGCAUACCGUAUGAAUAUUUUCAUCGCACAGCACCUUGAAGAUGAAGUAGUGCCUAUCAAGCAUGACUGCUAGACUUUAACAGAGAUAAUGGUUAAUUUUAUAUGCGUAUAACAUUGUCACGAACAUGUCGCAUACGAAAGUGAGACAUGACACCUAUUUUUUAGCCUGUUUACAAGUGUGCUGCCACGGGUUGCCAUGGGUUACCUGCUGAGACCGAACUGGAGAGACAGCUCAGAAAACAAGGAAGGAAGCAAACUUUGAACCCCCCUGACGGAUUUACACAGAGGUGCCAUUGUUUGGCAGCAUGCUUAAAUGUUCCCCACAUUUGCCCAGUAAUGCCACUGAAACGUCACGUCCCUGCCAUACGUGCCACUUACCCUCCCCAUUGCUCCUCCCACCCACCACCUUACUUCACAAUCCCUGGACAUGCAACUGAUGUAAAUGCAAAACCUCUUGUGAAUUUGUGUUUAUUGCGUGAAGUGUUUGGACUGCAAAAGGAUGGUGUGAUUAUUUUUGCCAAGGAAAUAUUUUGUCAAUGAAAUAUCAUCUCAUUAUGAAUAUGAUAUUACAAUACUGUACCAUGACAAAUCAUUGCAACUUAACAAAUAUACUUUAUUGUAUCCACAAUGUUUUGUCGGCAUAUUUAAUUCUACUUAGUUAUUGUCGUAUGACAAUCAUGCUAAAAUGAAACGGUAUAUAAUUAUUUAUUGUUUUUAAAAAAUACAAAUCACCCAUAGUUUAACAAAACUAUAUUUAAAAUUGUUAAAGUAUUUAUUUAUCACUGACUUGCUUUUUAAAACUUGUACUGUUGUUGCGUGAAAAAUAUAUAUACUGUAAUCAAGAACAUAAAAUAUCACCUCGUUUAAAUAUUGCCAUUAAAUGAUACAUUAUUCAUUGUAACAUGCAGUGAAUUAUAAAUUAUAGUACAUUUUCCAUACAA